AUGAGCGUUCAAAAAUGGAUCAGUCCUCUCCAAGGCUUGGACAGUCUUCGCCAGAUGGAGGAUCCGAUGCCUUCACCCGGCCCGGGGGAGGUACUGGUCAAGAUUCACGCAGUCUCUCUUAACUACCGAGAUGUGGAAGUGGUCAAGGGGGAAUAUAAGCACCACAAGACCGCCGAACAAGACGCCACCAUCGUGCCGUGUUCGGAUAUGUGCGGCACCAUCGUCACUGUCGGACAUGAUGUAUCACAAUGGGUCGUAGGCAACCGUGUUUUGUCCACCUUCUUGCCCGAACACCAAACUGGCCAAGUGACGGAAAAGCAACUUGCAGGAAGUCUUGGUCUUCCCUUGGACGGUGUCCUUGCUACUCACCGCAUCUUCCCCGCACACGGGUUGGUCCAAGCUCCUGAAUACAUGUCUGAUGAGGAAGCAUGUACACUACCUAUCGCCGGUGUGACUGCGUGGAUGUCUAUUAAUGGAAUGCGCCCAAUAGGCCAGAGUGGAGGGGAAAACGACUAUAUUUUACUCCAAGGUACCGGUGGUGUAGCUAUUGCAGGUCUGCAGAUUGCCAAGGCUUCCGGGGCCAAAGCCAUCAUCACAUCUUCAUCCGAUGAGAAGUUGGAGAUGGCCAAACGGCUAGGUGCCGACUUUACAAUCAACUACCGCACCAACCCGAACUGGGAAGAAGAGGUGAUGCAAUUCACACGAGGUAAUGGCGUUAAUAUUAUUCUUGAGACCGGUGGUGCCCAGACUCUUAGGAAGAGCUUCGACUGUAUUGCGUUUGGUGGCCUAAUCAACUGCAUUGGCUACGUAUCCGGCAAGGUGGACGAGGCUGAUGAUCGACUGAACGUGAAUCUCUUGGCCCUGAGACGCACAGUGACAUUGAAAGGAAUUAUUAACGGGCCCAAAGAUCGGUUUGAGGAGAUGCUUCGAUUCUACGAGAGGAAUCAGAUUCACCCGGAAGUUCAUCGGGUCUUUUCAUUCACCGAGGCCAAGGAAGCGUUCAAAUUUUUGGAAAGUGGCAGUCACUUUGGGAAAGUAGUAAUUAAGAUUGAGUAG